GAAGCGGUGCAUUGUGGGAUGUGGAGCUCUAUACAUUAAUGCCGUUCUUCUAAACAGAAUUUACACGGCUAAACGGACUGAAUGAAGAACAACAAUACAAUUACAUGUAUUUAAAUUAUAUUUCUGCAACAUGUGUCGCUUUCAUCCAUUUUGAAUUCAAUGAGCAUCUUCUUCUCAUGUGACCUGAUGUGAGCUGCCAUCAUUUUUUACACCUACAGUAGGCUACAUGACUGCAUGAAUCUGUCUGGACGUUUUCACUAUCCUGGAACUGCUUUAUACCGCCGAACUUCUUUUAAAGGAACUUGUCGUUGGACGUGCAAAAUGCUGAACGCUGCAGCAGCCGACAGGAACAAGGACCCGAUCCUUUCUGUGUUGAAAAGCAGGGUGACAUCCGACAGACGUCUGUUCGCUUUGGAAAUAUCCUCUGGCACAGGACAGCAUGUCGUUCACUUCGCCAAAGCAUUCCCGAACAUUAUAUGGCAACCAUCUGAAGUUGAGACUCAGUCGAUAUCGAGUAUUGAGGCAUACAGACAGUAUCACAGGCUGCAGAAUGUACAGCCACCCAUAUAUCUUGAUGUGUCUCAGAGCUGGCAGACCUGGGGAGGAUUUCCAGCCGAGUCAUGUGACCUGAUCAUAAACAUCAACAUGAUGCACAUCUCUCCUCUGGCCUGCACAACGGGUUUGUUUCAUGGUGUUGGACAGAUACUGAAACCACAAGGAUUACUUCUGACUUAUGGGCCUUAUGCCUUCAAUGGAUCGAUUGUUCCUCAGAGCAAUUUUGACUUUGACCAAAGUUUGAGAUACAGAAAUCCAGAGUGGGGUCUAAGAGAUGCAUCAUUUCUAACAACGCUAGGACAAGAAAAUGGACUACGAUUGGAGGAAAUUGUCGAUAUGCCCGCCAACAACAAGUGCUUACUCUUUCGCAAGGACAGUGUGGUUUGAUAUCAUAUUAAUCCGUAGAGUUACGCACAAUAUUUACAUUUGCGUGGACUCUGCCAGUGUUUUAAUGGUUUAAAGACAACAAUACAGAGGCUUUGCUAAAGUU